AUGUCGAUUCUCUUCACAAAACCCUGCGUCCCUUCGCGUGCGAGAUUUUUGGCAACAACUUCGGGCAGCUGGAAUGUUGCUGGCGUCAGUGGAUUUUCUGAUUUUGACUACACAGUGUCUAAUUUGCAUGUCGGUGGAGAGCUGGAAUUUGAAAAAUGCACUGCGUUGCCACCGGAACUUCUGGAAAAGUUUGCUGGGUUGAGACAGUGCUGUUGCAUGGGUGUCUUCCCGAAUUGCGGUAAAGCAUGGCUGACGGUCGAUAAUGAGUUUUUUAUCUGGAACUUCGAUGACGGCGAAGAUUUGGCUUUCUACGAUGGAUGGAUUCUCCCGCCACAGAUCGAAUAUCUACUCUGUCUUGCAACGUCGCAAGAACUCCUUUUACUCGGUGUUACUUAUGACUACUCCACUUCUACGGAUGACCGCGUCUGCCCAGGUGUUUUACAAGUUCUCCCAACUCCGCUUUACCGGUUGCCUUCUGAGAAUCACUACAUCACCUGCAUGGAAUGUACAAGUGAUGGCCGGCUCUUUCUGGGUGAUGCAAAAGGUGACCUCUUGGAGUUAACUUAUGAGUCAAUUCCUGGCCUUGAGCUUGGCGUUGAAUUGCCUUCUUCGGGACCCUGCAGCCUGAGGAACCAUUCUUCUUCCAGCCUCAGUUUUUUGCUUCCUAGUAUCUUCACCGUCGGCUUUCGCCCAUCAGGGGCGCUGACUCAGAUUGCCGUUGACUCUUCUCGGGGCCUUCUAUACACACUGUCCGCGAAUUCAAACCUUGCUGUGUACCAGUAUGCCGAUCCUCAUGGCAAAUCGUCUCCAGGCUCUCUGACCAAACUGGCCAGUCUGUCGGGUUCAGACCUCACGUCCCGUGUUGCCUCGGUUGUGCUGUCAAUACUUUUUCAAUCUGUUACAGGAGCUCAUGGAAUAAAAGAACACUAUCGUUAUGUCAUUUUUGAGGUAUGGGCAAUACUCUACUGUGUAAAAAUAGCUAAGACACUGGUUGCAGAGACCCGCGGAACCAUGAUAAUUGCCGCCGCAGUCCCGAAACCGACUGGGACCGGUUCCACCGCCUCAACCGGCGCUUCUACCGGCGACCAGUCAUUCUUCGGAUCACAACCCCUAACUGCUGCCCAGGAGGCACAAGCUGCUCCAGACGGACAGGAUCUCGUUCUUUCCAUCGUUUCUCCGGACACGUACCCCUGGUCGACAAGUUUGACCGAGGCCUAUGCUACUUCUAUGCCUAUUUUGUCACCUUGGGCCAUUACGGUCCUGUCCUGUGACGACGACUCUGCCUCCUGCUCAACACCCUCCCUGCCUCCGGAGGUCACAUCAGGUGUGAGCAAAUCGAGCUUUAACCGCCGCGGCAUCGAUCUCCCUCAUGAAACGUCUUCUUUGUCACCCGAGGAGUGA